GGGAGGGGGUGGAGCCGCUGGGAGCGCGGAGGCGCUGGGGCUGUGGGCUGGGAUUCGCUAGAGCGCUCUCCGGGCUGCUCAUCCUGCUUAUUUGAUGCACGGUGGAGAUGCCUGGCCGGGGUGCGCGACCCGAGGACGGCGCCGGGCUGGUCUCUACCGACAACUCGACCCAACACAAGGAGGAUCUCAGCAGCAAGAUUAAAGAACAAAAAAUUGUUGUGGAUGAGCUUUCUAACCUGAAGAAGAACAGGAAAGUAUAUAGGCAGCAACAGAACAGCAACAUAUUCUUUCUUGCAGACCGAACAGAAAUGCUUUCUGAAAGCAAAAAUAUAUUGGAUGAGCUGAGGAAAGAAUACCAAGAAAUAGAAAACUCAGAGAAGACCAAAAUCAAGAAGUAGUUCUUACUGGAAUUGGUGCAGAUGAGCAGCUCGCAGGUUAUUCUCGUCAUCGUGUCCGCUUCCAGACACACGGGCUGGAAGGAUUGAAUAAGGAAAUUGAGAUGGAACUGGGUCGAAUUUCUUCUAGAAAUCU